AGAAGAAGAACUCGGCUUCUUACUCACCCUUGAGUUUCAUUUGGUUGCCACAAAGCGGCUCAUCUUUCUCCCCACGUUUACCAGAUGAGAUGUGGUCAAACCUUUUGCGGGAUUAGAAGCUUUUCAUAUUUUGUAAUUCUCUCCUGGUGGAAAUAUGGCAGAAGAAGUCAACUAUGUGACAGUCAAGUUCAACUCUCACCACCUGCCGAGCAACGGCGCCAUCUACGAAGAUGUGAGGAGCGACUUGGACAGGCGGGCACAGCGGGACUUCACCCAAGAAAAGUGCGGCGAAGUGGAGGAAAUCUACGAUGACGUGCGGAUCAAGGAGUUACCACGCAGCCUGCUUCACGUGUUUCAAGAAAACGUGUCGAAAGUGUCGCGCCUCACGCCCGCCACCCUGGCGGCAGCCGCUCUGGGUGUCCUUUGCGUCAUCCUCAUGUCCGUCAUCGUCGCCCUCGUCCUGCACCUGAACAGCGUCACGGCCAAGCAGCGCCGGCAGAACGUCAACCUGACGGCUGAGAACGGGCACGUGCGGGCCCAGCUGGAGCGGUUGCAGGAACGAGCUCAGGGUCUGAGUUGGGAGCGGGACCAGCUCAACUGGACCGUGGGCCGGGUCCUCCAGUACGACAAUUUCCCCGUCAAGGCCUUCUGUCCGAAAAGAGUUUUAAGCCUGUGCAAGGCGUGCAUGGACGACUGGCUGCUGUUCGGUUCCAAGUGUUACUUGUUUAUGAACUCACCUUACUUCAGCGGUUGGAUGGACUGGGAGGACAGUUUUGAUGACUGCAGCAAGAGGAAUGCCCAACUGCUGCUCAUUGAAAGCCGGGAAGAACAGGAAUUCAUCACAAACCACACGAGGUACUUCAAAGAUGACUUGCACGGCUACUGGAUAGGCCUGAACAAGAGCGAACACUCGGAGAACUGGAAGUGGAACGACGGACGCAAUCUCACUCUGGCGUUCUGGAGAGAUGAAAUCUAUACUAUCAAGAACCGCUGCGCUCUGACGUCAAAGUCGCUGUCAUCAACGUCGCUUGACAAUUGGAGAAGAGUCAGCUGUUCCAUGAAGAACAGAUUCAUCUGCCAAACCAAUGUCUUCACCAAACCUGAUCUACACUAAUACAUCACUUUCAUACAAAACAAAUACACACCCAAUCUGUCCGUCAAGCUACUUGUGAUAGCUAAGUGUAGCUAACGAGAAUGCUCGCAAGACGCCUCUGGGUGGCUCAUGAGCGCUCAGGCUAAGUGUAGCACAGGAACGAUGUGGUAAGCUAACUUGCUAAGACUUGCGCAUUAAUAGUGAGAUGGUUCCAAGCUAAGUUGAGGUAAGUAGCUCAUGAGAAGACUUUCCAGGUAAACUUACCAAAAUCUUAAAUAAUAUAAAUUAUAGCAGGUGAGUUACUUAGCCAACAGGAAAAAUUGGAAAGCCAAAUCUAUCGUAGUAGUUCCCAAUUUAAAUAUGUACGGUAAGUAGAGCGCGCUCAUUCAGUAGCGAGCUGGUUUGAUGAUGAGCUCAGGAGAAAGCAUUGCAAAUCGUAACUAGCUAGCAAGUGAGAAAGCUUUCAACCCAAAUCUAGUUCAGCAGGUAGCAAUCAAGUCGCUCACUAGCAAGUUUAGCAAUUUGAAUCUAUUUUAAUAGUUUGCUGAUUAAGUAGUAAACUCGAAAAUUGCUAGUUUAGUAGCUUGUGAUUUAAAUAACUUACAAAACAUCCCUCCAUCUGUUUUCCGUACCGCCUUUCCUGUAACGCGACAGCAGGCUAAGUAGCUCACUAAAAUCUUGCCAAGCCAAAUGUAGUUUAUUUGAUAAGGAAAGAUUGACAAGUACAAAGUUUGGGUAGCUCACAAGCUACAGUGAGCUAACUAGCUUCCUUGCCAAGUACUGUAAGUCUAAUCGGGUUAUUACAGCUUGUUAGCAACUACACUAAAACGUGACUGGUUAUGGACAGCUCGAAAAACAAACAAUGAAAAACAAACAACUGACAAAGCAAGAAGCUUGCUUAUUUAUUAUGCUAUGAAAUUAGCUUGGAGUGACAUUUUUUUAGACAGUGUUGAGUAAGUAGUAAAGUUGAGCGUUUAGCAACCAUGUUGCGCAAAAAUGGAAAUUAAUUAGCGCAAGUCUGUGACACCAUAGCGUCCAAUAUCAUCGUUGGCUAAAGGCGAGAAUAAAAAAAAAAAGUCAACAUUUUAAUAGAUUGAGUUACAUUUUAAUAGCAAAUACAGGGACCAUGAAAGAUAAGGACUUCAACAAAAAAGACGUCUUGUGUGUGCUUCAUUUAUCAACAGUCUUCAACACAAUUUUUCAACUUCCUCUAUUUACAUCUCAAAAAGCGAUUUUAGUUUCCAAGAAGUUAAGUUGCACAAUCUGCCUUUGCGUCAUGUCUUUCAUUUACCAAAUGUCAACUAAAAUACCCUGAAGGCAUCUGUGAGAAUAAAGUAUCCUGAUGUUUUUCAAAAAUUAAUCACGUUUCAGGUUAAGAAUAUGUACAAUGAUGCGGCCCACCAACCAUUUCAAGUAUCCGUUGCAUUAGUUUAAUCGUUUUGUCCUAAAAUUAAUUAAAAUGAAUUUAUGUUCUCCAUUUUAUCUCAUUAAGUAUUCAGUGGUUUUACUGUAAUGUUAAAAAAUAAUAAAAUAGUAAAAUGUUUGUUUAUAAAUUAAAAUACAAUUAUCCAUACAUUACAAAUUA